AUGUCUUCAACAACCACAAUCUCAGCCAUAGAGCUGCAAACCAUCCCUCUCCCCAUUGAACCUGCUCCCACAAAAGACAAAGAACCGCAGACACCCGUCCCAUCAUCGGCAUCUCUGCUCGGCGAAAAUGGCGGCACCGAACCCUGUGCUACCCCUGCCAUCACCGCUGCCGAGAGGUGGAACGAGUCCCGGACGAAUGUAUAUCGCAUAAUGGCUUCCUUUUUUUGCUUCCUAGUCAUGGGGGCUAAUGAUUCUGCAUACGGUCCUCUCAUUCCAUACCUCGAAAAAUACUACGACCUAACUUACAUUGUCGUAUCGCUCGUCUUCCUCUCCCCUUUCAUAGGGUACGUCUCCUCCGCCCUACUAAACAACUACCUGCACCACAAGUUCGGCCAGCGCGGCAUCGCCCUCAUCUGCGGCGGCUGCCACACCGCCGCGUACACCAUCAUCGCGCUACACCCGCCGUACAUUGUGCUCGUCUUCGCCUUCAUCCUCGCCGGGUUUGGGAACGGCGUCGCGGACGCAGCGUGGAACGCGUGGGUCGGCAACCUCGCCAACUCGAGUGAGCUGCUGGGCUUUCUGCAUGCGUUCUACGGCGUAGGCGGCGUGGUUAGUCCGUUGAUUGCGACGACGCUCAUCACAAAGGCGAAUUUGGAGUGGUACUCGUUCUACUACAUGAUGAUUGGUCUGGCGGGCGUGGAAACAAUCGUGCUGGCAUCGGCGUUUUGGUCCUCUUCUGGCACGGAGUACAGACGCAUAUACAAGACGAAUGAGCUGGAGAGGGAGAUGGGUCUUACGGAAGCGCUGUUCCGCAUGCCGUCUGCGCGGGUGUCGUGGGUAGCUGCCUUUUAUCUCUUGUGCUAUGUUGGCGUGGAGGUUGCUCUUGGAGGCUGGAUCGUCGUGUUCAUGCUGCGUGUUCGUCAUGGUGAACCCUUUGCAAGUGGUAUGUCGGCUGUUGGGUUUUGGCUCGGCAUCACGGUUGGUCGUGCGGUGCUCGGGUUUGUUACGCCUCGAAUUGGCGUCAAGUUGGCUACUGCUCUGUAUAUCGGUGCGGCCGGCGCUCUCGAACUCAUCUUCUGGCUCGUGCCGCAGUUUUACGUGUCCGCCGUGGCAGUCGCCUUUCAAGGCUUCUUCAUGGGCCCCCUGUUCCCGAAUGCCAUUCUCGUGGCGAGCAAACUACUCCCGCGACAGCAUCACGUUGUGGUCAUAGGGUUUGCCGCUGCGUUUGGAGGCUGCGGCGCGGCUAUUCUGCCCUUCUUGACGGGUAUUCUUGCGCAGGCCAAGGGGCCGAUGGUCCUGCAGCCGAUUGUGCUGGCGUUGUUGGCGAUUAUGAUGGGGAUCUGGUUCUGCUUUCCUCGUAUUGGGAAGAAGGAGGAAUAA